GUUUUGUUAACGUCACAAGGAGCCCUACUUUGUUUAUGGUGCAUUGACGAUGCCGUGUCACGCUGUAUGUACUAUGUACUGUUUAUAAGGGUGACUGGAUUUUGUAAAUGUUACCUGAAGGAUGCAGAAGAUAAAAACCUAGUAUCAGAUCUUCACUUAGAUACUUUCUUGAGAAACUUGAACUAGAAAGCCAACAAUCAUCAUGGAAAGCACAACGGAGAAUGUCAGUGGUCUGGGGAGUAGAAGGCAAUGUUGUCAUAUAAACCAAAAUCUGUUACCUGUCAAGGGUUUUUACUUCAUAUUACUUGCAGCUGUGGGAUCACUUCUCCCAUUUUUCACAAUAUACGUGAAGCAGUUGGGUCUAACACCCAGUGAGGCAGGAGUUCUUUAUGGUGUGAUGCCCUUUGUUGGAUUUUUCGUCAGACCUGUCAUUGGCUUGUUCACUGACAAAUGGCAGAAGCAUAAGCUUGCCCUGAUUCUCGCAUCAAUCUUAACUGCAGUUUUCUAUUUGCUGAUCUUAGCCAUUCCAUCCAGGAGAGUCCCUCCAGCUGUAGCCACAACAAAGCUAGAGUGUAACAUCCAGGACUCUUAUUUUCGUUCAUGUCUAACAUCAUCUGCAUCCAAUGAGAGUAACAACUGUCCUGUCAGUCUUUUGACUUUUGCUGAUCGCGUACUAAGUAAUACAACCAGGGAUGGAAUUGGAUCCUUGCUGGAAUGUGAAGUUAAAUGCAUGCUGGGAAACAGUAUAAAUGAAAAGACAUUUGAGAUGUGUUUCACAAAUAGCUCAGAGGAGUUCAUCAAAUCUUGCACUGGGACACGCAUUGGAGAUCUGCCUGUAACAUUUGGCCUUGCAAACCUGUCACACAUUCUAACUGUGGAUAUUGAAAGAGACAGAAUUGAUGCUGGAGAUAUUCAUUGCAGAGACUAUGACUUGAAGGCUCUCAUAUAUCAGAGUCAACAUUUUUGGCAGGUUUUCUGCAGUGAGCCUGUUGCUUUGGAUUGUCAGAUCACAUGUAAGAAUAUUAACGUGUGCAUCUCUCACAAAAAGGAAUUUGAUACAACCUUUUGGUUACUGUUUCUGGUGUACCUGUUUGCAAACAUAGUCUUUGCGCCUAUCUUUUCACUGGCUGAUGCAACUGCCUUUAAAACACUGAAAGAUAAAGGGCACAAGUUUGGAAAACAGAGAAUGUGGGGCACAGUUGGCUUUGCACUGUUUGCCAUCACGUCAACUUUUGUCAUGUACUUCAUGUCCAGUCAAGGAAAUGUGAUUGACUACAAAAUUCUCUUCUACAUCUUUGCAGUGCUUUGUCUUAUUGCAGCUGUUAUAGCUUUCUACAUGGACUUCGAAGACGUGCAAUGUGGAAACAUCUUCUGGAAUCUUUUGACCGUUUUAAAAAAAGGGAAAGUUCUAGCAUUUUUGUCUGUGGUUCUGCAUUUUGGCAUGAUAAAUGGCACCAUAGAAGGAUUUCUUUUCUGGUAUUUGCUUGAUCUUGGAGCUACCCCUUUGAUUUUUGGCUUGAGUCUUGUGGUUAACUGCUUAUUUGAGGUCCCAGUGUUUUUAGGAUCUGGCCAUGUUAUUAAGCACCUUGGCCCAGUCUCCUGUCUGUACAUCGCCAUGGCUGCACUGACAAUCCGCCUACUUGGUUAUUCACUGCUUAUCAAUCCAUGGUUUGUACUGAUAAUUGAGCCUCUCCACAGCAUCACCUUUGGUCUUAUGUGGGCAUCUGCAGCAAAUUAUGCCAACAUUCUGGCACCUUCAGGAAUGCAGGCCACAGUUCAAGGUCUUGUCGGAGGGAUCCACUUUGGAAUUGGAAAAGGAAUAGGAGGCUUGAUGACUGGUGUUCUUUUCGAUCACAUUGGAGAAAGAUGGACAUUUCGGGCAUAUGCUAUUGCCACUCUUGUCUUUCUUAAGGUCUACUUUUUGGUGAAUUAUUUCCUACUCCAGGCUGAAAAGAAAAGAAAGGCAAUGUCGCAUGCAAAUGAGGACAAAGGUGUAGGAGUAAAUAGUGAGGAAGGCAAUCAACAUCUUCUCCUGAAACUUUCUCCGGAAACACCUGACGAUGGUACAGAAGCUGACAUGACCAACAGGGCAGUCAGGGCAUGAAGAUGUUGAUCUGUGAUGCUGCUGUUCUUGGUGUGUUUUAUUGUAAAAACAGCAUUUUAAUCACAUUCCAGAGAAAUUCAUUUCUUUCUUUUGUUUUUAGAAUGAAGUAAUAGGCUUUGUCAAAAAUCACUUGACAAAAGGGAAGGACAGGGUUGGACAUUAAUAAGAAAUGAUUAUACACAGACCAGCUUUAUAUCUAGUCAGAAAUUUGCUGCAAAUACUAAAAUUACAACAAUCAUUGAAAGAUAUGAAUAAAACUCAAAAUAAAAACCUGUAUCUAAAGAAGAUAGUGUUCCAUCAUAUGAAACACAUAAAGCAUGACAUGGAUGAUAGUGUAUAUUGUUAUAACAUAGUGAUAAGUCGUUCAUCUUGCUGCACAAAGUUUGUAACCCAUCUGAAAGUGAACAUGACACACUCUUACUGUCUAGGACUAACAAUAGAGGAUAGUUUCAAUGGUUUGAUGGUGAGGCCUUCCAUUUUGUGUCUGUGCAUUGUCAAAUCAGUCUGCACCACCAUUCCAAAUAAAAACUUUCUUAGCUAUUACUGAUUACUGAUUGCAUACGCAUCUUCGUACAAUUGUCACUGCAGGUUUAUCAUGGCUUGGUAAGCUGCUGCACAGAAUGACCACAGAGCAUACAAGAAUAAUGCUGGUUUAUGCAAACUACUCGUAACUUAAAUCAGCGCAAGGUGGAAUGCUAUUCUGCUAUAAUGUGUCAAAUGAGUGGAGUGGAGAAAAUGCCAUAAUGUUUUCAGUAUGAUAAUACACUUGGAGGUAAGAAGUGAGAACAACCAGAAGGAAACGAUAGCAUGUACUUUCUUUACUUCUAUACAUGAGUAUUUCUACAAAUUUGUCUUUGAAAAACUUGCUGAUUUAUUCUUUUAUGUUCCUGUUUCAUGAUGUGCAUAUAGGUGACGAAGAAGGCUGUGCUGAAGACUUCUACAGUACAGUUGCUGGGGAUAUCACAUUGAAGAAUUUAGUAGGUUUUUGUUUUGAUAUAUUUUUUUCAUUGUUCUUUGCCAAGGGUUAGGGUAACAAUUACAUAUUUGCCCUAUUAACUGUAUAACUCAUUGUGUCUCUAGAUAGUUUUCCCAUACCACCCUCAUCAUUGGCAUUUGAUUGUCGUGGCCAAGUUUAUUGCAGUAGUAAUGUGUGAGAAAUAAUUAUGCUGGGCUAGGAUGUUCUCAGAAAGUUUUGUGUGAUUUUUUAUACUUUUAUUUUAUAAACCACUCUGAAACCAGAAUGACAGUCAACAAUAGCUUAUAUCUAGAGUUGUUUAUUGGUACCAAACUUUAUUGCAGCACUUUUGAUUUCAUGCUGAGGUAUGCUUUAAUGACAUGUUAUUUCCGGAUUGUGUGAAAAAUAUAAAAAAAGCCUUUUUAAACAAGCCAGUCAAAUUGUGGUGGUUGUGCUGUCUUAUGUAUAUGCUGUUUGUGACUAUGCCUUACAAUGAAGAUGUAUUUGCUGAAUAGCUUUCCUUUUCUAAAAUCUAAUUAUUGUUGUCGUUUUCAAAAGUGCAGUGAAUUAUUUUGCUUUUUUUAUUGAUGAUUUGCCAAAAAACUUCAGUAGAGUUUGUAAAACAUUUUACGAAUUAUUCCAGUCUCUUUGUUUUCGUGGGCAUUUUGACAUUUAAAAUUUAUAUUUAGAGUUUAGUUUUUAAACUAUACGUUUUAAAAGAUGUGCUAUGUAAGUGUUCACUGAUAAUAUGUUAACAGCAGCAGCAUAACAUUCCAUGUCAUUUUUAUUGAAUGCAACAAUUAUGAUAGUUGAAAUAAUUUAUUUGCUUUCUCUAUCACUUGUGUCAAUCCGCAAAUAAUUCUAUAAAGUAAUUUUUCCAGCUUUAACUUCAGCUUUUGUCUCACUUAACCAUUUACAGCCAUUACCAACAGGAUGUAGUUGUCAUCAUAAGUGACUGGCAUCUACACUGUACUAUUGCGUGCCUGAAACUGAUAAUCUGUCAAGACUCAAGUUCAUUAAAUAAUCGGGAUGUAAAAUUACAGUAUUGCUAUGAUGGAUUUUGCUGUCAAUAUAUUUUUCUUUUGUGAAUGAUAUUAACAUGAGAGGGAUUUGCAUAUUACUAUAUGUCUAUUUUAUUUUAUUUUCUUCUGAAAGUCAUAAUUAUCUUUAUAGCUGGUACUAUGACUUCAUCAAGCCAUGGAGUUUUGGGGGUACAGUCCUGAAUUAGGAGUAAACAUGUAUUUGCCAUUUUGACAUUCAUGUACACGGUUUCUGGUGAAAACAAAUUUUAAGAUUUUUAAAUAUUGAAAUUUAUUUACAGAAGUAUAGAUUGUGAACUUGCAUUUACUGUGUGUCUGCUUCUGAAGUGUCUUCCUUCCGCAUACAUUUAGCAUCAUGCUGGGUGAGGAAAUGUGUAAUAUGAAUUGUGUGUGUGUGCAUAAUAAAAAAUUUUUUGCUUUA